GUCGUGUCCAGACAAAAAGCAGGUGUUUGUAAAUGUAUGUGUGUGUGGUGCAGAAGGCCUACCAGGAGACAGACUCUGUCAUCAGUAGUGUCUCCACCAAAGUGAAAGGUUUUGCUUUCACUAACACAUCUGACAUGGGCCCCCGUGUUUGGGACACAGCUGAUUAUGUGAUCCCCCCUCAGUCUGAUAAUUCCUUCUUUGUGAUGACAAAUAUGGUUGUCACCCCAACACAGACUCAGUCACGUUGUCCUGAGCUUCCAAGUCCAUCAGCAACUUGUGUGGAUGACUGUGACUGUACUGAGGGACACAGUAAUCCUCAAGGCAGCGGUAUACAAACUGGACUGUGUGAGAACUAUUCUACAACUGUACAGACCUGUGAAGUGCGUUCAUGGUGCCCUCUUGAAAUAGACGCUGUGCUGCCUAAACCUGCAUUGCUGGCUGCAGCAGAGAACUACACUGUGUUGAUCAAAAACAGCAUUACAUACCCGAAGUUCCGCUUUCAUGGAAGGAACAUACUGCCACAUAUUAACUCCUCAUACUUGAAGAGGUGUGAAUUCAAUCAUGCAACAGAUCCUCACUGCCCGAUAUUCCGCCUCAAACACAUUGUUUCAGAGGCUGGAGAGGAGUUUCAAGACAUGGCUGUGAUGGGUGGCAUCAUUGGUAUUAUUAUUGACUGGAGCUGUGACCUGGACUCAUGGGCAGGGAAGUGUUACCCCAAGUACAGCUUCAGCAGGCUUGACAACAAACACCAUGUCAAUAAUGUGGCUCCGGGAUACAACUUCAGGUUUGCCAAAUACUACAGGACUGCAGAUGGAGAAGAAACCAGAACCUUAAUGAAAGCAUACGGGAUCCGUUUUGAUGUCAUUGUAUUUGGAACUGCAGGAAAAUUUGGAAUUGUACCAACUAUAGUUAACUUAGGUGCAGCAUUGUCGUUCCUCAGUUUGGUUUCCGCAGUUUCUGACUGGUUUAUAUUAAAUUGCAUGGCAAAAAGCGAUGUUUACAAGAAACAUAAAUUCACAUAUCUGAGUGACAAUUCUGGCACUGAAUCAAUAUCACUGGGCACCAGCUAUGGAACUGAGUAGCAUCAUAACAUCAAUAUGGGGACAUUUUUAUGUAGUGAUCAGAUUACAAAGAUUACAUUAAAGCCUGCAAAAUGAUUAAAUGCUCCCACAAAAAUCUAUUUAAUCAGGCACAACUACUACAACGUUUCAACAUUUCAUCUUCCCUUUCACAUCUUCCCUUUAUUUCCCUGAAUACCGCAGCUAGGAAUAAUGGAAUAGGACUCCGGUUCUAUUUUGUGGGUUCUCGUAUUGUGCCGCUAGAGGUGAAAUUCUUGGACCGGCGCAAGUUUGACGAAAGCGAAAGCAUUUGCCAAGAAUGUUUUCAUUAAUCAAGAACGAAAGUCGAAGACAAUCAGAUACCGUCGU